CUUCACAUUGGAGUGUUUAUUGUACAUAUGAAUUUGAAACAAAGUCCUCCUUUAACUCUGUUGCAAUGUUUCCUGUGUUGUUCUCGUUGUUUUGGACAUAUGACGAUUAUGUGUCAGCUUUUACAGAUCUUUGACCAGCUGAGGAUGCUGCGAAGCUGUUGACUCAAAGAGACAGUUGCGGGCAAGGUGGACAGUUAAGAGGAGCUGCUCAACAGUCACUUGGCAGUUUGCUUUGAAAGGGACGACAUCUCCACGUGUGCUAAACAGCAUCGCUGCAGGGUCACGGUGGUGCUGGUGCCAGUCCCAGAUAUCAUGGAGCAAGAGUGACAAGGGAUACCUCCAACCAGUUGCCGAUUGCAAUGACUUCCCCAGAGACUCCACGGAACGGUCCACCGAGAGGCGUGGAGGGUGGCGCCUCUCCUCCGAGUUGUUCCGAGACUCUGCAGAGCCGUCCGGCUGAGGACAAGAACCAUCCACGGAUAGGCGCGGAGGGUGGCACCUCUUGUGAGCCUUUUGCCUUGCCUCCACGGAAGCGUCCACGUACAGGCGCGGAGGGUGGUGACUCACCUCCAUCUCGCUCCAACAUUCGGCUGAGCUGUCCGGCCGAAGACAAGGUGAAUGUCAGCUCACCUCGGGUGACGAGAGUGGUGCCUUUGUCCUUUACUCCGCAGAAGCCUCCACCUGGACUCGAGCGUACGCCGAUAGGCGAAGAGGGUCGCAACCUGCUUAACCCUUUUGCCUGGAAUACAUCGCUGUCGAUGCAUCGUGUGUGUUUCGCCUUGACUGCGCUGAGCCAGCUGGUGAAUGUAAGCUCACCUCAGGUCACAAGUGUCGUGCAUUUGUCCUCUACCAGUCCAGUAACCAGAGCCACGCCUCCUCCACUGCUGAUGAUUCCGGCAGAACACACAAACCCUUCACCUAGAGGCGCUAUGACUCUCAUGUCAUCUGAGAUGGGUGGCACCUCAGCUUGGAUGGGUCUGACCUCACCUCAGAUGGGUCUGACCUCAUCUGGGUCGAUACAUGCAAGGCCUUUGACCUUGGCAGCAGAGAGACGUCCAGCCCGAGGCACGGACCGUUCACCUAGAGGCAUGAUGGCUGUCACCUCACGUCCGCAGAGUCCGGUGGAGGUCCGCUCACGUCCGUUGAGUCCGGUGGACGUUGCCGCAAAUCCACCGAGUCCGGUGGAUCUCCAGUCACCUCCAUCGAGUCCAGUGGAUGUCACGGUACCUCAGUCAAGUCCGGUGGAUCUCACGGCACCGCAGUCAGUUCCGGUGGCUCUCUCCUCAACUUCGUCGAGUCCGGUAGAUAUCUACUUAUUUCUGUCGAGUUCAGAGGAUGGCAACUGUCCUCGCCUGAGUCCGGUAGAAGUCUCCUCACCUCCGUCGAGUCCGGUGGAUGACACCUUACCUUGCUCAAGUACAACAAGUCCCUCCUCCAUUUACUCGGGCUGGUCGAGUCUCUCCUCAAGUCCGCAAAGUCUCGCCUUGACUCGCUCGAGUCCAGUGACUGUCAGCUCAUCCGGGUCCAGUCCAGCAACUGUCACUUCACUUUAGAUCUUUGACGACCACGGGGUGGCUGCUGACUGAACAAGACACAGUUCUAAGUGUACACAUUCACGUACCAGCCAAGAUGAGUAAACCCUUGAGAUCUGGCAUAAUAACGUUAAGUUUACCGCACUCCCUCUUCACUUCCUGGAUUGUUUAGCUCACUAAGGUUGAGGGUCACUUUCUG